AUGGAUGCCUUCAGCACCAAGAACCUGGCCCUCCAGGCCCAGAAGAAGCUGGUGAGCAAGAUGGCGUCCAAGGCGGUGGUAUCCGCGCUCAUCGACGACACCAGCAGUGAGGUGCUGGACGAGCUGUACCGCGCCACCAAGGAGUUCACGCGGAGCCGCAAGGAGGCCCAGAAGGUGGUGCAGAACCUGGUCAAGGUGAUGCUGAAGCUGGGCGUCCUGCUCCGUGGCAGCCAGCUGGGUGGCGAGGAGCUGGCGCUGUUGCAGCGUUUGCGCCGGAGGGCGCGCAGCCUGGCCAUGACGGCCAUCAGCUUCCACCAGGUGGACUUCACCUUUGACCGGCGCGUGCUGGCCGCCGCGCUGCUCGAGUGUCGGGACCUGCUGCACCAGGCCGUGGGCCCCCACCUGACCGCCAAGUCCCACAGCCGCAUCAACCACGUCUUCAGCCGCUUGGCUGACUGUGACUUCCUGGCGGCGCUCUACGGCCCAACCGAACCUUACUGCUCGCACCUGCGCCGCAUCUGCGAGGGCCUUGGCAAGAUGCUGGACGAGGGCAGCAUCUGA